UGUGCGGCGCCAACGAGCGAUAUACGCCGCCUGUGGUGCUGUUCGCCGAUCACGGCGCCUCUACUUUAGAAUUUAGGAUAACAGAGAAGACUGUGCGGUCGCAGUUCCUGGCGUUCUUCAGCUUCACUUCUCUGAGCAACACCCAAGGGGUGGGGUUCCACCCGCGCGGGGGCUCCAGGAUACCGCACACAGACUGCGACUGGAUGUACCAAGACGUGUCGUGUCGCGCGCCUGGCUCGUGCGUUCUGGCCAGUCCGGGGUACCCUGGGUUGUACCCGCCACAACGCCGAUGCCGGUACCUGUUCGCUACCAACUCUGUGAACACGCGUGUCAAGAUCAUCUUCACCUCCAUACUGCUGCCUAGAAAUCACUGCGCCACAGACUAUCUAACUCUACGCGCGGGAAAUUCGCCAUCAGCGCCGCUGCUGGCUUCCCUGUGCUCAGAGAGGACGGCCAUUUUGGAGCAGCCUGGCCCGAAUUUAUUGCUCGAGUUUAACUCGGGCCCGUUAGUGCCGCCGUACGAUUACAACGGGUUCAUCGCGAAGCUGGAGUUCAUAGAGCGGGCGGACGGCAGCGCGCCCCCGCCUACUGUGGUGCCCGCCUCGCCGCCUCUAGCUGCGCUUACGCAUCACAUUCCGAAUGUGGACAGGGUGGCAGCGAUGGAAAGUAAUGUGGUGUCGAACGAGGUUUCCGCUAACAAUGGUGGCGGGCGAGUGGGGUGCGGCGCCACUGUGCGCGGCUACGGCCCGGGUGGCGCGCGCUCCGGGCACUUCGACACGCGCGCCAGCGGCUGGCGGACCCAGUGCGCAAUACACCUGCUGGGAGCACCCACCGACGUGGUUCAGGUGUCGCUGUUCAAUUAUAAUUUAAGGUUACAAAGCUGUCGAUCUCAUAUUGAGAUCUUGGAGGGGUUACAUGAAUUUGGAGCAAAAGGAGAUAGGGGGGAUCGGUCUGAACGGGGAGAUAGAGCACUGCUUUGGGUGUGCGGACCUUCUGUGAGGGAGGCUCGGGAUCCCUCGGGAAGAUUUUUACUGCGGCAAGCAGUAACAUCAAAGGGAGCAAACUUAACCAUCCUGGUUCGGAGAGCGGGCACACAAAGUGCUGAUGAAGAGGAAUUUGUAGAUGGUGCUUUUGCUUUUCAUGAUGAACUCCACGAAGGCACAGUGUCACCAGACGCUACUUGCGCGGCCACGCACUAUGGGCUGGCCUCGCCGAAGCACGGUGGCGUCUCCGCACCAUCCCACCACCACAUAUUCUGGAACAUAGAAGAGAGACUCCAGUGUACGCAUCGCUUUAUCCCUGCUGCUAACCAGAGCGUCACUAUCGAGAUUCAGCGGUUAGACCGCAUGUGGAGCGCCGAGCUCACAGGCACGGUCGGCGCCGCGGGCUGCCGGACGGCUUGCGGCGACGCGGGCUGCGAGUGCCGGGCGAACACUCCGCAUCACUAUCACGAUCAUAUCGCGCUGGUGGCUGGCGACGGCACUCACUUAUCGUGCCUUUGCGGCGACUUCCAGGCGGCCUGGCUGCCGGUGGUCGUACGCAGCUGGACGAGCGUGCGGCUGGAGUACUCAGUGGCGCACUACACGUACGCCAGCCGCGGGUUCGAUUACGCGGCCGCGUACAGUUUCAACGACGACGCCAUGUGCGGUCAGCGCACAUACACCACUCACUCAGGUGAAAUAUCGUCGCGGAACGUGUCGGUGACGGGCAGCCUCAACGAGUUCUUCUAUCAGCAGUGCACGUGGGUCCUGGACUCGAACGUCGAGAGGCAGCUCUUCAUUGAUAUUUCCUCGGAACAAGACAAAUCAUGUGGUUCGUGGAACAUAACGCUUCAUGAGUGGGCGGGUAGCGGCUUGCACAACGAGGGAGGGCUGGCGGCGGCGGCUGGCGAGCUUCUUUACACCUUCUGUGCGCGGCACAAAAACCACACGUACACGCUGCCGUACCGGUUGAACACGCUCGUCAUCAGGUUAGUAGCUCUGUCAAGACAACAGCCCCUAUACAGGAUACGCUGGCGGUCGCAGGUAGUCCGCUCCGGGACUCGGCUGGGACCUCCCACGCCCGCGCCCAUGCCGGCUUCUGCAGGCUCUGCCAGCCUGACAAGACACAGCCUCGCUAUCUUCAUCUUUGUCUUAUUGCUCAUCGCUCUCCAAAAACACACACUCGUGUACAGUGACGUCAUGUGCAAAACAAUAAGUGCUCGAUAAUCGUGUGUAAAACAAAAGCUGUAAAGUGUAAAAAGUGUAAACAGUGUAUUCGACAAUCACUCUUCAGUCGCCAGUUAUUCAAUUUGACGGUAUAUUGAUGACUGCGAGUGCAAAACUGACAAUGGCGACUGGAAGUUCAAAUUCCGACUCUGGAAAUAAAACGACAUUAUAACGACUCUGGUGAUUGUGCGGACUAACAGUUUUUGUACGUCGACUCUGUUGUGUUUUUGUAUCGUGCACAUUUUGUACAGUAAUUUAGGGUUGUGUAAACCGUCGGAAAUGUAAAUAGUGAUAAUUGUGCACCUUUGUUAGACUAGUCGAUUUACUAGUUUAUUGUGUAGCGAAUAGAUAGACUUGAAGCACUGACGAUGUAGAUAAAUUAUGUAACCGUGUCGCAUCGCGACGACGCGUCGUCAUCCAUUUGUUAAUUUAAUUUACUGCUGUAAAAUCUAUGUCAAGUUUGUAAAAUUUUCAUUAUAGUUAAUUAACAAAUCAGUUAAUGCUAAAAGCUACGAAAUGCUUAUUAAU